UACUCGUAAAAGGAGUUGUAUAUUGCAUCUGCGCAGUGUUCUUUCUACGAGCUUCAUUUUCGAUUCCACCUAGCUUUUAGUAAUGCACAACAUAGGUGGGGAAUAAAUGCCCAACGAAAGUGACAUACAUUUACGACACUCAGCCUUUACAUCAUAUCUUACUUGCCCAAGAAAAAACAACAAAUGAAAAAAAAAUAUUUAAGAGUAGCUAUUAAAUUGGUUCAAUUUUAGAGGUAUAAAAGGCAAUUUAGAUCUAUAGUUCCAGCACAGUCAAGUUAACUGAUAUCUAAUCGAAACAUACUGAGCAACUUAACUUUAAUCAUACCUUUGUAAAAUGAAACUUUUGAUCCUUUGUUCCUUGAUUGUCACGGCAUUUGCCGCCCCUGGUGGCCUGUAUGGGUAUGGGGGACUUGGAUUAGGACAUGGAAUUGGUUUGGGUGGAAUAGCAAUUGCUGCACCAGCAAUCCACGCUGCACCUGCACCAGUACUAGUUCAACAAGCACCAACAAUAGUUAAAGCUAUUGCUCCAGCAGCGACAAGUUCCGUUAGCAUCAGUCAGGUGCAUAUACAACAUCCAUCACCUGUGAUCAAAUAUGCAGCAGCACCUGCUGUUGCUGUUGCUCAACCCAUCAUCAAAUAUGCCGCUGCUCCAGCAAUAAGUGUUGCUCAUCCAGUCGCUGUUGCCCAACCAGUAAUUAAAUACGCUGCAGCGCCAAGUAUUAUAUCUGGUUUGGGUGGUUAUGGUUAUGGUGGGCAUGGUAUUGCACUUCAUUAAAUGAUGGACAGAUGCACUAAACUCUUCUUAUAAAUAUAAGAAACCUCCUUUAAAAAUUCAAGUAUUAAAUCAAAAUACAAACAUUUUACAAUUCGCAUUCCACAUCUUUUAUAAUAUUUAUUAAAAGUUGAAAAAAAAAAAAAAAUGCUCCUAUGUAUAUACAAACAUUAGGUACUGUAUAGAUAUCAUUUGGGGUCUUAUAUAUUCCCACAAAACGGAUUCAUGAUUCAAAUAUGGGUGAAACCCUACUUAUUAACAUACCUAAAAUCGACAUUGGUACUGUUGGGGAAAAUAAGUUGUUUUUGGCCAAAAUGGCCUAAUUCGGAAGCGUUCAUCCCAUAUGGAGUAGAUUGCCUGGGUCCCCAAACAGAUGCAAGAGGGCCCUACGAAAGAUUAUGUUGUAAUGAAACUUGUUAUAAUAAAUAAACGAAUCAAACAUCAUAUCUAAUGUUUAACCGGCUUCCUUAUUUUAUAUUGGUUAGGCACACAAUUGCUGUGAGCCUUGUUCUAGAAACCUAGAACAAUUAAAUGUACUAGGCCCCCGAAAAAAUAAUUCAAAUAAAAAAUGGACCUCAUUUCAAUUUCGAAACCUCUGCUGAACUGCCCAGCCGAGCUUUUGACCUUUUGAGUGCUUUUCCAAACAGGGGAUCAAAAAAAUAAAUAAAAUGAUUAGAGACCAACAGACAUUUGUAUAUUUCUGAAAAACAAAAAAAUUAAAAGAAAGAAAAUCUAUGUUAACCCAGUUAGAAUUCGACGAAAAUCUUUAUUUUUUAACUAAACAAAA